AACAUUGGAUUUCAAAAUGGCGGCGCCCAUGGUCCAGUACUUGCAUACUUCUAUCGAAGAACCCACGGCGUGUUCCGGCGAUGUCUUCUGGUGACAGGUGCAAUAUUUGCAGCAGGAGGACUCCUUCUUGUAUCCAUGGUAACCAAUGGUAAAGAAUUGGCUGUCUGCUUAUCAGUUUCUGGUCUUGGUUCCAGCAUCCUGUCAAUUUCAUUGGUAAUCAUUCUGAGCGAUCAGUCUGGAGAGGCCUUUGCAGUAUUCUACGGCAUUGGUACAUCAGGUUACGCCAUCGGAGUGGCUAUAGUUCCCCCGAUCGCAGACUACCUGAUGAGGAUUUAUGGCUGGAGAGGGUCCUUGAUGAUUAUUGGAGGUAUCAUGGCGCACCUUAUACCUUUCGUCUUGAUGGUUGAUCUCGACGUAGAGGGCGUCGUACGGAACGAUUUUGGGCCCUUUAACACCGACGAUGAAGAAAUUGAAGACCAAUUUGAUAGGUCCGAAAUAGAAGCGCUUAUCUCCAGACCAAGUUUCCAGGAAGAAACACACAAUGACGGGGAUAAAUCGCACGUUGGCGGUAUUUACGCUGAAAUAAAUCCGGCAAAUAAUGAAAUCGGAUCAGAAAAUGAAAACGCAAGGUUAAGUGACAUCCAAGAGCUAACAUCUGAAAAAUCAGCUACUGGUAAAAGAAUGCAUAAUAUGUUAGAAAAAGGAUAUAAGCGAAAAUGUCUGAAUGAUUGUUCUAAUUGUUAUCGAAUCUUCACAGACUCCAUAUACAAUCAAGAUCGCUGGAUGAUUCUCCUUAUGCUGGUCACACUUGUAUUGCAUAUGGUAGACUCUAGUUGGUAUGCAUAUCUCAUCCCAUGUGCGAUUGCUCUUGAUAUUCCUAUAUCCCAGGUACUGUGCCUACCUUACUCUGCGGGGGCUGGAUUAUUCGUAGCCCGAAUUUUAGGCGGGUUCCUCGAGAAAUCUAAGCUUUUAUCUGGCCAAUCCUUGUUUCUUUUCUUUACCUUACUCAACAUCUUAUCACUUUUGUGGAAUAUCUUCGCUCCAAGAUUUGCUUUCAUGAUUGUGACUUCAUUCAUCUCGGCAUUCACGAUUUCCCAACGAAACCUUCUGUCGUUGGUCAUAUGUAAGGACAGGGUGCCUAAGUCACAAUUCCCGAUGAUUCUGGCUUCUUAUGAAAUUGUUUGUGGAAUUGGACUCUUUCUCGGAUCCUUGUUAUGUGGAUAUGUCGCAGAUGUGACGGGCUCUUUCAACGCUUCAUAUAUGUUCAUCGCAGGGGUAGAACUCCUUUUAUCCUGUCUCAUGAUUCCAUCAAUAAUUGCCGAGAAGUUGAAGGAACGCACGGCGGACUAAACGAGAACCUCACAGAUACUUCACAAAGGUGUAUACUGGGAUAUACAUUUCAGGGUCAUUAAAAAAAAGAAGAGGAAAGCCGGCUGGAAAUUUCACCUGCAUAAAACAAUUGUGCAUUUGUGCUGAUGAUGUGACAUUGAAAUAUCAUAUGAGGACAAUCUUGCACCUUACCUCAUAACUAAGUUGUCAAACUGUAACAUUACAUAGUAAACUUUGCCAACAUCCUUGGACGAUCGUCAGGGGUAGAUCCACCAGACGAUCGUCGCGUCCAGGGAGGGAAACAAGGAAGCUUUCGCACCGCCAGGAAGAACGAAUUCUAGAACACAGUAUUUUGCAAACGCAUUGAAAAUGCUGGUCAGAUGACAAUAAACAGUUGGGAGGUCUUCGUCGGAAAUUGGCCAACCGAAACCGGAGCUGACGAAAAAAUGCAAUGUCGUUUGUCCAGAGCCAAGGAAAAAACUGCUGUUUUGAUUCACCAAUUUUCGACAAAAACUUAUUGUAUAUGAAGAUUAUUUGACAAUGGUUUACUGACGGUUGGUCUAAUCUCCAGAUGGGCUCACAACAUUCGGGCUAAAACCGCUUAGAAAUCUCAUUUGGUCUAAUGAUCACUUGGUCUAAUAGCAAAUUAGUCCAAUGACCACUUCGUCUAAUAGCCAUUUGGUCUAAUGCCCAGUUGGGCUAAUCGUCACUCGGUCAUUUUUCAUUAGACCAAAUUUUCAUUUGGUCUUAUUGCCAUUUCGUCGAAUGUACUUUAUUGUGACUUGGUCUAAUACUAAUUGUAAUUGUAGGUUAGUCUAAUACUAGUUGGCCUUAUACCAGUUCGUUUAAUCCUCACUUGGUCUAUUAUUCAUUUGGUCUAAUGUGCAGUUGACCUAAUUUCCAUUUCGGCUAAUUUCCACUUCGUCUACAUGCCACUUGAUCUAAUUUCCAAUUUGUAUAAUUUCCAUUUGGGAUAAUGGUUUAUUGUGCUAUUCCUAAUAGGCCACCCUUCAUACAGUUUAUUCAUGUUAUUUGUGUUUUUAUUUUUAUUUUUUGAACUUGAACACUGUAGAAAUUUAAUAUUGCAUUGUAUGAAAAAAAUGGAUAUGCCUAAUAUAAGGCAUAGAGUAGACAAAGAAGGAAUUGAAGGGAGAAGGGAAAGAAGAGAAGAGAAAAGAAAAAUGAAAAGAAAAGAGAGGGAGAAAGAAAAGGAAGGGAAAAAAAGAGUGCAAUUACAUAAAAGAAGGAAAACCCGGACGAUCUCAGGUUAGGGUAUCACGGGCCUAAAACAUUUUCCAUAGACUCGUGUGUUAAAGUGGCACUUAAAAAAAAUUCAUAUAAAAUAUGGAUGAAAUUCGAGGGUUGAAUGCUUACUUCCAGUGGAUAGGAUAUAUGUCUGACAUUCCAUAUCUGACCAGAAAAGGGUACCUCGACCGGCUCAUUUUAAAAAUAAAUCAGCAUUUAUGAAGACUACACCUGCCAGGAUCAAAUUCAUCACUUUAGACAGUAAAAUGGCCCUACUUCUUCCUUCAGUAAAAAAAAAAUGGUUCCAAAGUGGUGGUAUAUCUUCCCAAUUUGGAAAAAGAAAGUUCAGUAGUUACCCUCCUAGAAUCAGUGAGUGUUAGAUUGUCAAUCAUAUUCAUUCAUUUUUGUCAGUCAACAAUAUC